AUGUUUGGGUUACUGGAAGCGCAUUGCACAACCUCUCGAUGCGCCCAUCUACAGCCUUGGAUUACGACCAUUCGAGCACGUUGGCUCGUGGAUGCGGGUGACGGACGACGAGAGCUGAAUGUGGAGAGCAUGUGCAUGAUGUGUGUAUGCGUGUAUGUGCGUGUGCCUGCAGGCGCGGUUGAGUAGAG